UCUCCCUUCUCCCGCCUGCGCCGGCCGCGGGCUGAUUUCCGCCUCCGGGUGGCGCUUCCCGGUGUCGUGUUCUGGAAGCUUAGCGGUCACCAUGGAGCUGCUGGGAGAGUACGUCGGGCAGGAAGGGAAGCCGCAGAAGCUGCGGGUGUCCUGUGAGGCGCCGGGUGACGGCGACCCUUUCCAGGGCCUGUUGUCUGGCGUGGCCCAGAUGAAGGACAUGGUAACGGAAUUAUUCGACCCUCUGGUACAGGGGGAAGUGCAGCACCGGGUGGCGGCGGCUCCAGACGAGGACUUGGACGGUGAUGAUGAAGAUGAUGCAGAAGAUGAAAAUAACAUUGAUAACAGAACUAACUUCGAUGGACCAUCUGCAAAAAGGCCAAAAACACCGUCUUAACAAUAGCCUUCAUGACAUUUAAAAGAUGGCUGUUGUAUCCUUACUGUCACACUAGGACAUUUAAGGAAGACUUAUGCUCUAAUUUGGAAAAGCAUUUGUGUUGUUGUCCUGGGACAAUUUUGUCAAAGAGAAAACUGGUUUUUCUGUUUCUAGCAAAGACAGUAAAGGCUUAGAAAUAAAAUCUGUUUUCUUGAGAAAUAAAUUUCAGACCCUGGAAGGAAAAUAGAACACUUCAUAAUGUAUAAAAUCCUCUAAGUUGGCAACUGAAUUUUUAUCAUUGUUUUCUGUUUUUAAAAUAAUCAUUGAUUUGUGUGAUGUCUACAUCUUUUAACUUCUGGUUCUGUUAUAAAGAGUACAUGUCACGGUUCAUAGGCAGUAACAUUUCAGAGAACUGACAUGAACAAGUGGUGAAAAUUGGGCAUUAAAUAUAAAAAUAACAGUUCUUCAUAAACAGAAGGAAAAUAAGGAAAUAGAAAUACCGAAGAGAAAGGAGAGUCCUUGAAAGAGACCCAAGGAAACCCUGAAUUCAUACCCACGUCAAAUAUGCACAUAUCCUGAGAUGAUGCCACUUGAUGAAUGUGCAUUAGUCUGAUUUAUCAUGUACCUUAAGAGAGCCAGAGGGGGUAUGUUUUUGUGCUGUGAUAUGGUAUUUAUACAGGUACAAAUAUAAGGCCUUAAGUAAACAAUCUGCAUUGAUUACAAUUUGGAUAUUUCCUCUCCUCCUGUAGCCAUACUUUGAUUUUGCUUUAAAAAGAUUUUUGAAUCCUUUUAAAAAUAUAUAUUCCUAAAAUAUGUAUGUGUGUGUGUUUCUUUUCUGCUCGUCAGUAGGACUAAGGCAUUUUUAUUUGCUGUGCAUCCUUCCUGAUUUAGAUAGCUUCAAUGCAAAGAAAUCAAGUAGCAUGUACCUAGUAAAAUACAAAUAGUCAUGGAAUUUUAGAGUUGGAAGUCACUUUACAAAUUAUGUGAUUUAUUUCAGAGAUAAAUCUAAGGAUAAGUAUUUGCCCUCAGAUUACAGAGCUAACCAUUGACAAACUGGGUUACAUAAAUAGCCCUUAGAUUUUUUUUAAGCUGAUAAAAGGUGAGAGAAGAUCAACUUUUUUUUUCUUUUUUUUUUUUUGAGACAGAGUUUCACUCUUGUUGCCCAGGCCAGAGUGCAGAGACACAAUCUUGGCUCACUGCAACCUCUGCCUCCCGGAUUCAAGUAAUUCUUCUGCCUCAGCCUCCCAGGUAGCUGAAAUUACAGGCAUGUGCCACCACGCCCAGCUAAUUUUGUAUUUUUAGUGGAGAUGGGGUUUCACCAUGUUGGUCAGGCUGGUCUCGAACUCCUGACCUCAGGUGAUUCACCCACCUUGGCUUCCCAAAGUGCUGGGAUUACAGGCAUGAGCCACCACGCCAGGUCAAUUUUUUUUUUUUCCCAGGGUCAACUUUUUUUUCAGAUGGAGUCUUGCUCUGUUGCCCAGGCUGGAGUGCAAUGGUGCGAUCUCGGCACACUGCAACCUCCACCUCCCAUGUUCAAGCAAUUGUCCUGCUUCAGCCUCCUGAGUAGCUGGGAUUGUAGGUGCGCACCACCACGCCUGACUAAUUUUUAUAUUUUUAGUAGAGAUGGGGUUUCACCAUGUUGGUAAGGCUGGUCUCGAACUCCUGACCUCGUGACCCGCCCGCCUCAGCCUCCCAAAGUGCUGUGAUUACAGGCGUGAGCCACCGUGCGUAGCCUUUUUUUCUUUUUUUUUUUUUUUAAUUUUUACUUUUAGACGGUUUCACUCUGUCACCCAGGCUGGAGUGCAGUGGCACGAUCGUGGCUCACUGUCACUGCAACCUCCGAGUCCCAGGCUUCGGUGAUCUUCCCACCUCAACCUCUCAAAUAGCUGGGACCACAGGCAUGCACCAGCACACCCGGCUAAUUUUUUUGUAUUUGUAGAGAUGGUUUCACCACGUUGCCCAGGCUGGUCUAGAACUCCUGGACUCAAGGGAUCUGCCCACCUCUGCCUCCCAAAGUGCUGGGAUUACAGGCGUGAACCACCAUGCCCGGCCUAAUCAACUUUUAUGAAUCACUUUUAUUGUGAAAUAAUUUAAGUGAAACUCAAUUUACACACUUUUUCAUAUCCUUGAAAUAUUGUUUUACUUGGAACAGCAAGCAGCCUUCCACUAAGUACUCUUGGGCAAUCAAAACAAUGCCAACUAGAAAAAGUUAUGGAUGGUCAGAAAUUAUCUUUGUUUAGUUUAUGCUGAUGUUUCUAACAUUUAACUUAUUUAUUAUAGUACUGUUAUCUCUAUACAAUCAUUAAAGAAAAAACUGGUUGGG